AUGUUCAGGACGAAACGCUCAGGUCUUGUGCGGCGACUCUGGAGAAGCCGUUUGAUUCCAGAUACAGAAGGGCAAGAUGGAAAUGGCCAAACUAGUGAGCAGGGGUGCAGCAGCAGCAGGGACGAUAUGUUCGCCAACCACCCAGAGAAAAUUCCCAAAACGGAGUUCCGACCGAUGACCCCAAGCGGGUCGCUGGUCGCCGGGGACCUAGGGGGCGUGUGUGCGCUGGGCGCCGGGGGGGACGGCGGCGGCGGCCCGCGGGUCACCCCGGAUCAGCAUGGGGCUGCUGGGGUGUGCAGUGUCCAGGAGCAGGGUAGCCCUCGGUCCACGCAGGACAGCGAGUGCAGGACCGUGACCUGCUGCUUAUUUAAAGAGCGGGACCACUCCGAGUUUAGAGGUCCAGACAUGGCCCAGGUUAGGGACACGGGGUCUUGUCACUUUGUGCUCAGAAACAUUGGACCACGGGACACCAGUUCUCCCGAGCCUCAGGAGGCGAUGCCCCGCACGGUGUUGGAGCAAGAACUCAAAUCGGCCACACAUUCUCUUUUGAAAAGGCUAAAAGAAAGAACUCUGGAUACCCUACUUGAGGCAGUGGAGUCCCGGGGAGGGAUGCCUAGCGACUGCGUUAUGGUGUCCCGGACAGAGCUACGGUUGGCUGGCCAUAUGGCGUCCCCACAGCUGCUCUUGUGUAAACUCUACCGCUGGUCCGAUCUCCAGCACUUGGCCCAGCUCAAGCCGCUCUGUGAGUGUAAGAGCUUCGGUGCCUUGGACUCUCCGACAGUAUGCUGCAACCCCUAUCACUACAGUCGACUCUGUGGGCCAGAGUCACCCCCACCCCCGUAUUCAAGGCUUUCCCCAAACGAAGAACACAAGCCACUCGACCUAUCAGACUCCACAUUGUCUUACACUGAGACGGAGACAGCCAGCUCACCAAACACUACCCCCGGGGAGUUUUCAAAUGCCAGUAUGUCCCCCGACGCCCCCAAGCAGAGCCACUGGUGCAACGUGGCGUACUGGGAGCACCGGACCCGCGUGGGCCGCCUGUACGCGGUGUACGAGCGCUCCGUCAGCAUCUUCUACGACCUACCUCAGGGCACGGGCUUCUGCCUGGGCCAGCUCCGCCUGGAGCACCGCAGCAGCACCGUGCAGCGCACCCGCGGCAAGAUCGGCUACGGCCUGCUGCUGAGCCAGGAGCCCGACGGCGUGUGGGCGUACAACCGCAGCGAGCACCCCAUCUUCGUCAACUCGCCCACGCUGGACGUGCCGGGCAGCCGCGCGCUGGUGGUGCGCAAGGUGAUGCCGGGCUACUCCAUCCGGGUGUUCGACUACGAGCGCUCGCACCUGCUGCGGCGCGCCACGGAGGCGGAGCUCCUGGACGGGCCCUACGACCCCAACAGCGUGCGCAUCAGCUUCGCCAAGGGCUGGGGCCCGUGCUACUCCAGACAGUUCAUCACCUCCUGCCCCUGCUGGCUGGAGGUGCUGCUGAGCAGCCACAGAUAACACAGGACCCACGGACACACCCCCCCGCUCUCCCGCCCCCCCCCCCGCCCUGCCCCCCCUCCGGCCACACACACACCCCCCGCCCCACCAACCGUUCCCAAAUAUCAUCUACCUAGAUUUAAUAUAAAGUUUUAUAUAUUAUAUGAAAUAUAUAUUAUACAUGUAAAUACGGAGUCAUUUUUACAAUGUAAUUAUUUAUGUAUGGUGCAAUGUGUAUAAGAGGACAAAAAAAUGAAAUGCACUUUGGCAUAUGUAUAUAUGUAUGUAUAUGUAAUUAUACAUAUAUGUAUGUAUAUAUAUAUAUGUAUAUAUAAGAAUCUUCAUACCAAUUUGAGAAAUUAUACAGCAAAAUUAGGAUCAACCUGGAUUUGGUGUAUAGUUUUCAUAUACUAUUAAUAUCCAGGCAAAAAGCUAACACCAUUCACACAUUGAUAAUAAAGUAUUCGCAUAAUAUUGCUA